AUCAUCUCAUCUCAUGACUACGAAGUACCUUGGUGAGAGUCGCGACUUCUUGCUAAUCUCAUCAACACCAACGGCAACUGCUCAGUUUCACUUAUCUUACGAUAAUGAGUUUAUGAUAUGACAAAGUAGAUGUGUAGGCUUACUCAACACCACUCCUUCUUAACGGGGAUGAUUUUGAGCUCCAGCCUCAUAUCUCCCUACCCUCUACCUCUUCAAUAGGCGCCUGUGCAAUCUGAGGCUCCGUACUCACUUGCAACAUGGCCACCAAGAUCUUCGUCUUUGGCAGCGUCAACGGGCAGCUCCGGUCUGCAUUCGGCAAGCUAUCAACAUUACAUGCCAAAAAUGUCUUUAGCUUCGCGAUUGUCACAGGAAAUCUGUUUGGCGAGGCCCAAGAUGAUGACGAGCUCACAGACCUUCUGGAAGGCCGUAUCCAAAUUACAUGCCCGACGUACUUUACAGUAGGAAGCACACCACUGCCACCGCGGGUCGUUGAGCGAAUCGAGAAAGAUGAGGAAGUGGCCCCCAAUCUUCAUUACCUUGGCAAACGCAGCGUCACCAAGACAUCAGAGGGUGUCCGAAUCGUCACAUUAGGAGGCAUGCUCGAUCUGAACAUCCUGGCUGGCCUGUCCCAGGAGCAGCAUGAACCUUUCCACACAGAGGGGGAUGCUAAGGCACUCCGAGGAGCAAACAACGCCGACAUUCUCCUCACUACCAUGUGGCCCGCCGAUAUCUGGAAGAACAGCGCCAAGGCUAGGGAGAUGCAGAUUACCGCCACCACAGCAGCUUCUAGUCAAACGAUUGCCGAACUCUGCGAAGCCCUGAAUCCCAGAUACCAUUUCGCCAUGUCACCGGAUAACUUUUGCUUUGAGCGGGAGCCCUUCUUUCCCGAGGCGGCCGAAGGAGACAAGGAUAAGGGGAUACCCAUCACACGCUUCAUAUCCCUCGCCCCCUGGCUGAACGCAGCGAAAGCAAAGUCAAUGUUUGCCUUUACCCUCAACCGCGACGCCAUUAUAACCCCUCCUCAAGGCAGCACCCUCUCCCCCUUUUACAAACCAGCCAUGAAAAAACGUACCGCGGAGCAAGCCGGAUUCUCCCGGUUCAGCCACAGCCACGAGCACGACCGCCGGCGCCGCAAGCACCGGCACGAACGGUCCCCUCCCCCGGGGCCGGACCGCUGCUUCUUCUGCCUCUCCAACCCCAACCUGCCAACGCACAUGGUCUGCAGCAUCGGCGAGCAGGCGUACCUUGCUACCGCCAAGGGCCCGCUCCCGGCUGCGGACACCUUCAAGAAACAAGGGCUGGACUUUCCAGCCCACUUUGUCAUCACGCCCUUUACCCACGCCGCGUCGAUCAGCGCUGCGGCCAUGGACGGCGCAGACGCAGCAAAAAAGACCUUUGCCGAGAUGAAGCGCUUCCGCGACUCGCUCCAGGGCAUGGUCGCCUCGCUAUCCAAGCGCAAGCUAGGCGCCGUGACGUGGGAGAUCAACCGUGUCAGGAAUAUUCAUGUCCACUGGCAGUUCUUGCCCGUCCCGGCUGAGAUGGUCGCUAAUGGGCUGGUGGAGGCCGGGUUUAGAGUGCUAGCGGAGGACCUGAAGCUCGGCAAGUUUACGGUCAAGGACUUUGAGACGGCCGAUGAGGUGCCGGGGGAUUACUUCCGGGUGUGGAUCUGGGCAGAGGAGGACGAUGCGGAGGGUGGGAAGGUGGUGGGCAAGAGUCUGCUACUGCCAUUUGAUGAGAGUGUCCGGUUCGAUCUCCAGUUUCCCCGCAAGGUCAUGGCCAAGCUGCUUGGGUUGGAGGAUCGCACCGUCUGGCAGGAUGUUGUGCAGUCGCAGGAGGAGGAAGAGGCGGAUGUUGCUGCGUUUAGGGAGGCGUUUAAGGAGUGGGAUUUUACGCUGGCUGGUGAUACCUAAGGCGAGGAGAGAACGGUCGGGCGACUUAAGGGUCGAGCGAUUUCCCAGUUGUUCAGGGUGACGCCACUAUCGGUCUACCAGGCCUGAAGCUGGUGGGAUAUAUUGCACAGGUAUUGAAAUGGGGUGGGGGGAAUUGGUCAGAACUCGCCUGACGCAAGGGGCGUGAGCUGGACGAAGGAGUUCCUUGGUGGGAUGUGAGCAUCACAAACCCCUGGACCGCCUUUGCCUUACGAUGAUAUUAUUCAUUGCCAGCUACUUAAUCGACAGAACAUUCCCGC